UAUCUAUUUCUAUGCAUAAAUUCCAUCACCAAAUUAUAUAUAUAAUAGACAUGUAUGGACCAUAUAUACAUGGAUAUAUCUCAAGAGAGAGAGAGAGAUAGAGUGUGUGUAAAUGAGAGCAAAUUUCUAAGAGUGUGAUUGAGAGAGAGAGAGUUGUUUACUGACAGUUGAAAGGGAGAGAGCAGUUGUUGUGAGAGAGAUGAAGCUCUUCUUUACUUUGAAUGAGAGAUAGAGCUGUUUUUUUAAUGAGAGAGAGAGAUCAAAGACUUAGGAGAAAGAUUAAAUGCACGCGCAAGACAGGAGCAGCACCCAAUUUAAGGAAGAGGACCAGGUUCAAAAUCCCAAAUAAAUUCUGACUCCAAAUGCUGAUUCUUCUGCAAAAUUAAGGGCUUCAUUGAUGGUGAACAGAGGAGCAGCCCCUCUCUUUCUCUCUCUAUAAAUGAACCCCCUCUCUUUCUCUCUCUUCAAAUGAGCCUUUUCUCUGAAACCCACCUCCCACCAAGAAGAAGAAGCAAGACUGAGAAAUGGUGCUCUUUAUGCUGGUGCUCGGCCUUGUUUCUUUCUUUCUCUUCUUUCUUCAUCUCUCAACAAGAAAAUACAGAAUAAGGGGCCUUCCUCCUGGUUCCUUUGGGCUACCUCUCGUUGGAGAGACUCUGCAACUUAUCUCGGCGUACAAAGCCACCAAUCCAGAGCCAUUUCUCGACUCCAGAAGAUCCAGGUAUGGGAAUGUGUUCACAACACAUGUUUUUGGAGAGCCAACAAUAUUUUCAACAGACCCUGAGGUGAACAGGUUCAUACUGCAAAAUGAAGGCAAGCUUUUUGUUAGCAGCUAUCCAAGUUCAAUAUCCAACCUUUUAGGGAAGCACUCUCUCCUUCUAAUGAAAGGAAGCUUGCACAAAAAAAUGCAUUCUCUCACUAUGAGCUUUGCCAAUUCCUCAAUAAUCAAAGACCACCUUCUCCUCGACAUCGAUCGACUGGUUCGCCUCAGCUUGGAUUCAUGGAGAGGCCGUGUUCUUCUGCAAGAGGAGGCCAAGAAGAUAACUUUCGAAUUGACAAUCAAGCAGCUCAUGAGCGUUGAUCCAGGGGAUUGGAGUGAGAAUCUAAGAAAGGAAUACAUGCUCUUGAUUGAGGGCUUCUUCACUGUGCCUUUCCCCUUCUUAGGCACCACAUAUGCCAGAGCUAUCAAAGCCAGGGGCAAAGUGGCAGAGGCUCUGAGGGAGAUGGUUAGAGAGAGAAAGAGAGAGAGUGGGGAUGUCGAGGAGAAGAAAGACAUGGUGGCAAGUCUGGUGAGAGAAGGUCUCUCUGAUGAAGAGAUUGUGGAUUUCUUGCUUGCCCUGCUCGUUGCUGGUUACGAGACCACAUCCACCAUCAUGACCCUCGCAGUCAAAUUCCUCACUGAGACGCCUCAGGCUUUUGCCUCGCUAAAGGAAGAACAUGAGGAGAUCCGAAGAAAGAAGGCAGGGUCUGAACCCUUGGAUUGGGCUGAUUAUAAAUCCAUGUCCUUUACCCAAUGUGUGAUUAAUGAAACUCUGAGGGUGGCAAAUAUCAUCAGUGGGGUUUUUCGUCGAGCUGUUUGUGAUGUUCACAUCAAAGGGUGCACAAUCCCAAAGGACUGGAAGGUAUUUGUGUCGUUUCGUGCAGUUCAUCUCGACCAAGAUUUUUACAAAGACGCCAGAUCUUUCAAUCCUUGGAGAUGGCAGGGCACUCUACCUUCCACUAAUCCCCCCUCAGUUUUCACUCCCUUUGGCGGGGGCCCACGCCUCUGCCCUGGUUAUGAGCUUGCAAGAGUUGAAAUCUCAGUUUUCCUACACUACCUUGUCGCAAAUUUCAGCUCUGUGACCUCAGAGGAGGACAAAGUGGUUUUCUUCCCAACAACAAGAGCCCUUAAGAGAUGUCCCAUCCUUGUUACCAGGAAAGAAGCCUGUUAAAACAUUUUCCUAAGUAUCUUUUUAAAAGUUUUUGUUCUAUAUAUGCACCUGUAUUUUUUUAUGCUUAAUCAUAUUUAAUCAAGGACUUUAUUGCCCAGGGGUAUAUUCCUCUCCA